AUGUUUACAUCAAAAACCUUUUUAGUGUGCUUCUUUCCCUUUAACUUCUCUACCUUGCAAAUUUCUGAAAUCGAGUUAGAAAAAAAUAUCUAUAGAGCAGCUCAAGUUAUUUUGGAAAAUCGUGUAUACGAACUUCAACAAGAAAACCGAAAAAAACAGGCUGAACAGGCUAUUUUGGAAAAUCGCAUCCACGAACUUCAACAAGAAAACCAAAAAAAACAGGACGAAAAGGCUAUUUUGGAAAAUCACGUCCACAAAUUUCAACAAGAAAACGAAAAAUUAAUUUUUGAAAAGGCUGAACUUGAAUUAGAAAAUGCUAUGUUGAUAGCAGCCCAAAAGGCACUUGAAAAUAAAAUCGCCACCGAUGCUGAUGCAGAUCUAAAACUCACGGUCACUAAAAUGAUAGAAGAAAUUAAAGAAAACUGCACAGAAGCUCUCGGUCGGUCUCAAUCAAUCACAAAAACUACAAUACAAAAACAAACCGUCACGGUCAAAAAAAGUAUUUAUAAACUUAAAAUGAAGGCUUAG